AUGCGCUGGUGGCUGGGCGUAGCACUCCUGCGUCGCCCCCGCCCCCCUCUCCAACUGGUGAUCCUCCUGGCGCCGCACGCGGGCGCGGACGCGGCAAGAAGCGCGGCCGUGGCAAAGGGGGGGGGGGGCGCUCCCCAGCCGGCUCCUGCCCCGCCCCAGGCUCCUGGCUACCCCGCUCCUGCUCCCGGAUCCAGCUCCUGGACGGGCCUUGUCCAGGCCUGGCCCGUCGCCUGGCGUGCUCCGGGCGCCGGCGUGCUCGGGCCGCGCCCCGGCACACCCCAUCAGCAAGCCAUGCUGGCUACUGCUCCCUCCGCGCCACCACCACCGUACGGCUACGACGGCUACUACAACAAGUACGCGCCUCCGGGUGCUGCUCCGGCUAGUCCUGCCCCGACGCCCGGUCACGCGCCUCCAUGGGACAUGACCUCCCUUCAAGCCGCGCUCCACAGCGCCACUGCCGGUCCGUCCUCGUCAGGGAGCACGUCUGACUGGUACCUCGACACAGGGGCCACAGCGCACAUGGCCUCCUCUCCGGGACCGCCGCACCCGGACAGUGAUUCUGCGCAGUGA